AUGUGCAAGUGUGUGUGCACCGCCCUAUGGGUCGCACUGCUGGCCGCGCCGGUCGCCGCCGCAAACGACUGGCGGCGCUGGAUCAGCCAGGCCGCCGACAGCCUCAGCCACGCCUCGCGGGCGGAGCUCAGCCUGCCGCGGGUCGACGGCGGUGAGAGGCUGUCGCCGGCGGAGCUGGAGGCGCCGCUGCUCGGCGCGCGGCUGUCGUGGCUCGCGUACGCCGAGAAGAGGCGCGAGGUCGAGGCUGGCCUCGCGCUUCUCGGCUCCGGGAUGGAGCUCGUCCGCUUCUCGCCGCAGCGCGACUCGAGAGGAGCGCAGUGGCUGGUCGCGCGCGACGCCGAGUCGGGCACCCUCUGGGUCGCCUUCCGCGGCACCGCCUCGCUCGCCGACGUGGUGCACGACCUGAUGGCUGCGCCCGAGCAGACCGGCGCGGGCGACGCGUUCCACUCGGGCUUCCUGCGCGCCGCCCGCGCGGCGGCCGAGGAGCGGCGCGAGGCGGAGCUGCGCGAGGUGGUCGAGGCGGAGCUGCGCGUCCGUCCGUGUGAGAGGCUCGCCCUGUGCGGCCACAGCCUCGGCGGCGCGCUAGCGAUGACGCUGCUCGGCGCCGGCUUGCUGCCUUGCGCCAGUGGCGACGCGGGUGCGGAGGACGCGCCCGCAGAGGUGCUCGCCUUCACGUACGGAUCCCCCGCCGCCUUCCACGGCGAGCUCCGCGGAGCUGCGAUGCGGCGGGUGAGGGCGCAGUCCUUUGUCUUUGGCGCCGACGCCGUGCCGCGCCUGCUCCGCUCGAGGUGCCGCUGCUGCGCGCCGCCGCCCUCUCGCUCGGCGGCAAGAGCAGCACUGGCGCCCUCGAGACUUUGGGAGGGUACACGCACUGGCCUGGGGGAGAGCUAGUCUACCUCGACCCUGUCGGCGGGGGCGCGCGACGCGUGCCGCGCGCGCAGCGCGAUCGGGUGCUCCACCUGCACCGGGCGGUGCACCCCGACGCGGCGGCGCACCACAAGUGCUACGUGCGCGGGCUCGAGCGCGCCGCCGCGCCGGGGGGGGGGCUGGCGUGGUGGCAGAUGGUGCUGGGAGAGCGGGGGGAGAUCUGACAGGAGGAGGCGCCGCGAUAUGUUAAGUCAUGGAAAUCUCUAGUCUUUCUUAUAGAGAUUGAGAGGAGUGAGACCUUGUGCAGUGAGGCUAGUUCGAUUUCACUCUGACACGCUAA